AAGAAACAGACAAUAAAACGUUCCCCGCAAAACAUGCACGACAAAUCUGAAACGAAAAUCACUCAACUUCUAAAUAAAACAGGAUGAAGUCCGAAAACCCAGAUGCCCAAUCGGCCGCUCCGCUCCUGCCCGAGCUCCUGUCGCCGGAAACCCAAUGUCCCCGUGGCGGCGCGUCGGUUUCAGGCGCGGUGUUCAACGUCUCCACCAGCAUGAUAGGCGCCGGAAUCAUGUCGAUCCCGGCGACCUUCAAGGUGCUGGGCGUAAUCCCGGGCUUCAUUCUGAUACUGAUCGUGGCUUUAUCGGUGGAGAUAACGGUGGAGUUCCUUUUGCGGUACACGAAUUCCGGUAAAGCGGUUACUUACGGCGGUCUCAUGGCGGAGUCGUUUGGGAAAAUCGGGUCGGUUGCGCUUCAAGUUUGCGUGAUGGUAACGAACCUUGGGGCGAUGAUUAUUUACUUGAUUAUAAUCGGGGAUGUCCUCUCUGGAAAUCAAUCUGAAGGAACAUUGCAUUUGGGGGUUCUACAAGAAUGGUUUGGCAUCCACUGGUGGAACUCCCGCGCUUGCGCACUCCUUUUCGUCAUGCUCUUCAUUCUGCUUCCAUUCCUCUUAUUACGCAGCAUAGAAUCCCUCAAGCAUGCUUCAGCUUUGUCCAUCCUCCUAGCAGUGUUGUUUGUUGCCAUAUGUUCCGCAAUGGCAAUUCAUGCGAUGUGGGAGGGCAAAACGGAAAGAUUAAGACUAGUGCCAGACUUUGCCAAUGGAGUAUCCUUCUUUGAUCUUUUCACUACCAUCCCAGUAUUUGCCACUAGCUUCGGAUGCCAUGUAAAUAUAAUUGGCAUCGGGUGCUUUUUAAAUGCUGCAGUUCAUCCAGUGAGAGCAGAACUUAAUAGACCUUCUGAAAUGAGCUCAGCCGUCCGGAUUUCUCUGGUACUCUGCGUGGUCAUCUACUUUGCUGUUGGUUUCUUCGGAUACCUUCUAUUUGGCGACUCAAUCAUGGCCGAUAUGCUAGUCAACUUCGAUCAAAGUUCUGAUUCAGUAAUCGGUUCAUUACUCAAUGACACUGUUCGGUUGAGCUAUGCAAUCCACCUGAUGAUGGUUUUCCCUGUCAUGAACUUCUCCCUCAGAGCCAAUGUGGAUGAACUGUUCUUCCCAAGGAAACCUAUUUUGGCCACAGACACCUUCAGAUUUAUAUCUAUUACAAGCAUUCUCCUGGCAUUCAUAUACGUGGUGGCAGUAGCUAUCCCCAACAUAUGGUAUUUCUUUCAGUUUAUGGGAACCACCACAGUCAUGUGCCUCAUGUUUAUUUUCCCAAGCGCAAUUAUUUUAAGAGAUGUUCAUGGUAUAUCUAGAAGGAGGGAUAAGAUUGUGGCUGUUUCGGUUAUCAUAUUAGCUGUCGGGACAAGCUUGACUGCAAUUUCCUCCAAUGUGUACAGUUAUAUGAGCAAGAAGUGAGUGGUUUUUUUUCCCUUUCCCUCCUGUUCCUUGGCAAGCAACCUCAAGCCAGCAUCUGACCAAAACAGUGAUGAUAUUUUACAUUGUAGCCUCUUCUUGUAAAUUUGUAAGAUGUAUUUUCUUCUUUUUGAGCUGUUAUUACAUGCGUUCUGUAUUGAAGGUAUCAAUUUACCUCAUCAACACUGCCUCUUUAAUUUGGAGGUACCCAUUGAACUGGAGUUUGGCCUAUUUAACUUUUUCUCAAAGCCAAUUGGUAUAAAUGUUUCGUGAACAUUUUUUAAA